UCAACAGAACAUGGUGUGACUAUGUUCUCUUUAAAGUGGGAAAAGGGAAAAAAUCAUCAUCACAUCUUGAAUUUUGAUCUCAUUCUUUAUUAUGAAAUAUGAACAGACCAUGUGCAAGACCUCCUCCUUAACGUCAGCCUCACCCAAAUAAAAGCCGUAAACACCCAUGACAGCUGACCGACUUAUGGGGUUGCUCCUUCGGUCUACCAAUAUUUUACUGCUGUAAAAAGAGCAAUUGCACUAAAAUCCAGGAGUCAGAACGGCAGUACAAGGAUUUCAAGAGCCAAGCCAACUUAAAACUGAGAAAUAAAAUUUUAAAAAGCGCAAUACGAUUUUCAAGAUGUCUGCGGGAGUGGAAAUCAAGAGAAGAUCCAGAGUACCUGGUGUUAUAAUCACACAAUAUGUAGAAGUAAUUCCACCUGGAAAAAGUACCCCAGAUUUCAUGAGAAAACCCAUGGCUGUAAACAUUCAGGAAGGUAAAUUGGCAACUUUCAAAGCAGUGGUGUCAGGAGAGCCAAAACCCACCAUCACAUGGGCACGUAAUAAAGGAGAUCUCUCUGAUCCAGAGAAAUACAAUACAAGAUAUGAUGAAAAGGCUGGGGAAUACAUAUUGCAGAUAUUAAAUGUAACAGCUGACCAAGCAGAUACAUACAAAUGUUUUGCUACAAAUUCAUUUGGAAGAGCUGUUUGUACAGCUAGUCUUAAGGUUAUCGAAGCUGGAUUCAGGAAAAAUAGGCCAGAUCAAAAUGAACCUGAAGACUUCAGAAAAAUGCUGAAGAAAACUACAGUUGAAAAAAAGGUUAAAGCAAAACCCAAGAAAGAAGGAGAGGUUGACCCAAAGUUUUGGGAGGUGUUAUUGAGUGCUCAGAAGAAAGACUAUGAGCGUGUUUGUCAAGAGUUUGGAAUCACCGAUUACCGAUGGAUGCUGAAAAGACUUAACCAGAUGAAGAAGGAGAGAGAGGAACAACAGGAGAAGUAUGUUGAAAAGGUUGAAAAUAUGAAACAAAUAGAGGUCAAACCAAAUGGAAAAGCUGAAUUUGAACUUGACAUGAAGCUCAAGAAUCCCAAAAGCAACAUUUAUCUUUACAAGAAUGGUGAAAUACUUGACUAUGGUGAUGGCACUGAUGAUUCCUUCAAACACAAUCUGAAGAAAGUUGGUGAUAAAUACACAUUUAGCAUUAAUAAUGUUGGCCCAGAAGAUUCAGGCCUAUAUCAAGUGAAUGUUGAAGAAGCAAACAUGUUUUCAACUGAAUUGGAUAUUGCUGAUGUGGAAUUUGAUAGCAUUCUGAAGGAUGUUACGGUGGUCAAAGGAAAAGAUGCUACAUUUGAAUGUGUAUUAUCUGAUCCUGUGUCAACAAUUACCUGGUGUGCUAAUGAUGCAUCCAUUGAGCCAGGGGAUAAAUACAACAUAACAGUCUCAGAAGACAUGCUUACUCACAGACUAGUAGUAAAGAACUGUAGACCAGUGGACAAUGGUACCUACACAGUUAUUGCUGGAAUCAAGUCAUCCAAGGCAGCUUUGACUGUGAAAGAUGAUCCAAAUGCCCUCCAGAAAGGCCAGAGAGGUACAGAUAAUGCUGAUAAGUUGGGUAAAGAGCAGGCCAGGAAGCUGCAGGGCACAACACUUAAAACAUCUAGAGGGGCUGGAAGUGGUGGAGCCAGCCUGGGAGAUGGGAUUGGAAGAGAUGGAAUCAUGGGAGGUGGAAGUGGGCAGGAAGGGAAGGGAAGAGGUCAAUUAGGGAAAGAUGGGUUGGGGGAAAAUGGACUACUAGGAGAUGGUUCAGGCAAAGAUGGAUCAGGAAAAGAUGGACUAUCAGAUGUUGGAUCAGGAAAAGAUGGAUCAGGAAAAGAUGGACUAUCAGAUGUUGGAUCAGGAAAAGAUGGAUCAGGAAAAGAUGGAAUAUCAGAUGUUGGAUCAGGAAAAGAUGGAUCAGGAAACGAUGGAUCAGGAAAAGAUGGAAUAUCAGAUGUUGGAUCAGGAAAAGAUGGAUCAGGAAAAGGUGGAUCAGGAAAAGAUGGAAUAUCAGAUGCUGAAUCAGGAAAAGAUGGAUCAGGAAAAGAUGGUUUUGAAGUAACUGGACUACAAAAAAAUAGUAGAAGUGGGGAUGGAGCAUGUGGAGACAUGACAGAUGGAGAUGGAACUGGAGACACUAAGCAUAAAAAGCACCCCAGAGUUGGUCAGUUGGUCCCUGACACUAACAGAGAACCAGAAGUCCACUUUGUUAGUGGACUGUCUGAUACUGCUGCAAAUAUUGGAGAAACUGCAGAAUUAUCUUGCACACUCAGCAGUAAGGACUGUGUUGGAAUUUGGUACAAAGAUGGUCAAAAGUUGGAAUCUAUGAAUGGGAUUACGAUCUCCAAAGAGGGGGCCAUUCACAAACUAAUAAUGAAGAAUUGUCAGGAGGGUAAUGCAGGGGUAUAUAGAUUUGAAGCAGAAGGACGUAAAUCAGAGGCCACGUUAAUUAUUAAAGAGCCACCAAAAAUAGAUGCAGAUGCCAUGGGUAAGUUCUCAGAAGCUGUCGUCAUAAGAGCUGGUGAAAAUGCCAUUUUCAAGCUUCCAUUCUCAGGAAAGGAACCAAUCAGAGUGCAAUGGUUCAAAGAUGAAAUGGAGCUUUUGGAAGGCCCUGGUGUCAGGAUUGAGCGUUCCUCGACUCAGAGCCGGCUACUUCUCAAUAAAUGUCAGCGUAAAGACAGUGGAGAAGUCAAAAUCAAACUUAAGAACGAAUUUGCCACCACGGAGGCUACAUCUAAACUUGUUGUUCUUGACAAACCAACUCCACCACAAGGGCCUGUAGAUCUGGUAGAAAGUUCAUUGUCUGCUAUUGAAUUUAAAUGGAGGCCUCCAAAAGAUGAUGGGGGCUGUCCUGUGACCAACUAUAUCCUUGAGCGUCAGCAGGUGGGACGUAACACCUGGACUAAAAUUGGAGACAUCCCUGGACAACCUGCCUACAGAGAUACAGCUAUUGACCGUGGCAGGAAGUACUGCUACAGGAUAAGAGCCAAGAAUUCAGAAGGCAUUAGUGACAUCAUGGAAACUGAUGAUAUUGCAGCCGGCACAUUAGCUCUCCCUGGUCAGCCUGCUUCUCCAAAGGUGGUCAGUGCUUUCAAGGACUGCAUUAAUCUAGCAUGGGUCCUGCCAACAAACACCGGUGGGGGAAGUAUUAUAGGCUAUAAUCUGGAAAAACGCAAAAAAGGCAGUAACCUUUGGAGUCAAGUGAACCCUCCAGAUGAGCCAAUUAGAGAAAAAAAGUAUGCAGUGACGGAUGUGAUGGAAGGAGCCGAGUAUGAAUUCAGAGUGAUUGCAAUUAACACAUGUGGUCCUGGAGAACCAAGUGGGCCCUCUGACUUUGUAUUUGCAAGAGACCCCCAGAAGCCUCCUGGGAAGGUUAAAGAUCUCAAAGUAACUGACUCUAGUUACCACACUUUGUGCCUGGCUUGGACUAAACCAAAUGUGAUGAAAGGAGUGGAAGAUGACGUGAAAGGAUACUUUGUGGAAAUCAGACCUACAGACCAAAUCGAGUGGAGCCGCUGCAAUACGAAUGCCAUCGUCCAGACCUCUUUCACUGUAACAGGUCUGAAGUCCUUGGCCAUGUACUGGGUAAGAGUGAUUGCAACCAAUGAAGGAGGAGAGGGACAUCCACAAGAGAUUGACAAAUACAUCAUUGCCAUGCCUCCACCUGUGAAACCAAAAUUCACUGAUCGCAAGAUGAAAAAUUUCAUGGUUGUGAAAGCUGGAAACACAGUCCGGGCCACUAUAUGCUUUGAGGCUUCCCCUUUACCAGAUAUCACUUGGUUGAAGGAUAAUAUGCCUCUGGCUAAACAUGUGACAAUUACUAAUUCUGAGAAAGUUUCCCAGCUGCUCAUUCCAACAUCCGAUCGAUCAGACAGUGGCAUCUACACUAUCAUUGUCAAAAAUAUAGUUGGCCAGGAAACCUUCAGUGUAGAAAUUAGAAUCACUGAUGAGCCCAAGCCUCCGGGUGCAGUGCAACUAGAGCAGAAUGUUGAGGGAACAUUAACUCUCAACUGGACUCCAUCUCCUGAUGAAAAACGAGAUGACCGGCUCCACUACAUGGUGAUGCAACGAGACUCUGUAAAACGGACCUGGUGGACAGUAGCAGAUCACCUCUUCAACCAUAGAUUUACCACCGUUAUUGUGCAGGGGAGAGAGUAUUACUUCCGUGUAUAUGCAAAAAAUGAUAUGGGGCUGUCUGAACCAUCUGAGUCUCCAACAUGGGGAGCUGUUAAAAAGAAAGGUAAAUUGAUAAUAAACCAAACAGAACGAAAGAACUUGAAUUUUCAAUCAGCCCCCAGAUUCACAGUGCCUUUGAAACUGCACAUAGCUCCGAAGGGCUAUGAGUGCUAUAUGAGUUGUGCUGUGAGUGGCAAUCCCACCCCUCACAUUACCUGGUAUCACAACAAUGUUAGCCUUAACACAAAUACCAAUUACCUCAUAUCCAACACAUGUGGGGUCUGCUCCAUGCUCAUCCUGAUGGUGGGUCCCAAAGACACAGGAGACUACAAAGUUGUGGCAGAGAACCCUCUCGGCCAGGCUGAGACUUCUACUAAGCUCACAGUCAGAGAAUGAAAUCAUCUGUUGCAACAUGGACAACAAAAGCUAGAGUGCCUGGAUCAAAGCAAGCUGUACUCAAUAUUAGUGGUGGUACAUUACACCUUCCUUUGGAGAAAAAUUAUUUUGAAAAAAUUCUAUGAGUCUGAAUAAAUUGUGUGCUAUAAGUACUGAAAUCAGGCAUGCUGUAGUGGAAUAUUCAACAAUACAAUAAACAUUCAGUCAAACUGAUAUUACCUAAAAUAAAGUAAUCUACUAAUUGUUAUUUGAAUGAUAUGUGGCAAUGUCUCUGUCAGCCUUGAAGACUUGUUUUCUGGAAUGCCAAUGUCUUUUUGUUUUAUUAUGAAUAAUAAGUUGAAUAAAAAUACACAACUGCCAAUCAACAGUGAUAGGAUUUAAUUAUCUGAAUUAGAAACAAGAUCAUCCACACAUUCAGAACAGAGCUACAUAUUGCAUCCAGGUUGUGCAGAUGAUAAAGCACCAAGGUUCUCUGUAGGAGUGGUUUUGCAUCAAGGUCACUGAG